GCGCAUCUUGACCUUUGCUUCUCAAAAACCUUCUGAGCUUUAAUGAUUCUUGGGGCAGAUAAUUGGAAUUUAAUCGAUUCAAUUGCCGGCAUAGCGCGACAAUGAGCAAAUGGAAAGUCGAAGAGCCAAAGACUCCAGAUGAAGAUGCGCUGAGAGAAGACGACCUGCAAUAUGGCACCAGUGGCCUGACAGAGGAGGAGUUGGCUGCAAAGUAUCCUCAUAAACCAAGGAAUCAUUCCAUAACGCUGAAAUUCUCAGAGCUUUUUAAAGACCUGUUCAAUCCACUCAAUGACAACAAGAAGCAGCCGCCGAGCGCUUCAGGUCCAGCCAGCAAAAAGGGCCCCCAUGGGCUCACCAAACUGUCGCCACAGGAACAGAGGCGGCAUAUCGUUGAGAGAUUCAUCACGAGAUGGAGGAAAGAAGUUGGCGACGAUUUUUAUCCUGCUUUGCGUCUCAUUCUCCCAGACAAGGAUCGCGAUCGCGGCGUCUAUGGGCUGAAGGAGAAUGCCAUAGGGAAGCUCCUGGUGAAGUUGAUGAAGAUUGAUAAAAACUCUGAAGAUGGCUACAAUCUUUUGCACUGGAAGUUGCCGGGCCAAACGACAGGAGCACGUCUGGCAGGCGAUUUUGCCGGCCGCUGUUUCGAAGUCAUCUCAAAACGCCCAAUGCGCACUCAGGUGGGCAAUAUGACCAUUGCAGAGGUUAACCACGAAUUGGAUAAACUAGCUGCCUCGGCUGGAGAAGCUGAGAAUCUGCGCAUCUUUGAGACUUUCUACAAUCGCAUGAAUGCUGAAGAGCUUAUGUGGCUGAUUCGCAUCAUCCUGAAGCAAAUGAAAGUCGGUGCUACAGAAAAGACUUUCCUAUAUCUAUGGCACCCAGAUGGGGAAACUCUAUUUAGCGUAUCUUCAAGUCUGAGACGCGUAUGCUGGGAGCUCUACGAUCCCGAAUUCAGACUCGAACAGGAUGAGGCUGGCAUCGCGGUGAUGCAAUGCCUUCAACCGCAGCUUGCCCAGUUUCAAAUGCCAGCGUCGUUCCAAAAGAUGAUUGAACUCCUCCGACCAACGGAAGAGGAUCCUGAAUUCUGGAUAGAAGAAAAAUUAGAUGGCGAACGCAUGCAGAUGCACAUGGUCGAAGAUCCCAAUCAUCCAGGUGGACGAAGAUUCUGCUUCUGGUCAAGAAAGGCCAAGGAUUAUACGUACCUAUACGGCAACGGCCUGCUGGACGAAAAUUCUAGCUUGACGAGGCAUCUCAAAAAUGCAUUUGCACCAGGUGUACGGAACCUGAUAUUAGACGGCGAGAUGAUUACUUGGGACAUGGCAGUUGACAAAAUUGUCCCCUUUGGUACCCUGAAGACGGCCGCCCUUGCAGAGCAAGGCAACAAGUCUGAAUCAAACGCAGCUGGCCACCGCCCAUUAUUUCGAGUCUUUGACAUACUGUACCUGAAUGAUAAGCAGCUCACACAGUAUACCCUGCGAGACCGACGGAACGCUUUAGAAAAGGCAGUCAAAUCGGUUCAUCGACGACUGGAAAUCCAUGAAUAUACACGUGCUACUUCGGCCGAUGCUAUUGAGCCGCUCCUGAGAGAGGUGGUCGCGAAUGCAUCAGAAGGUCUUGUUUUGAAGAAUCCUCGAUCCAUGUAUCGCCUAAACAGCCGCAAUGAUGACUGGUUGAAGGUGAAGCCAGAAUACAUGUCUGAAUUUGGAGAAUCUCUCGAUUGUAUCAUUAUCGGUGGCUACUAUGGCUCUGGAAAGCGAGGAGGGUUCUUAUCAAGCUUCUUGUGUGGUCUCCGCGUCACGCAGAACCAUAUCCAAGCUGGCGCUAACCCUGAGAAGUGUUUCAGCUUCUUCAAAGUUGGCGGCGGCUUUCGAACAGAAGAUUAUGCCGAGAUACGGCAUCGCACUGACGGCAAGUGGAUGGAGUGGGAUCCUAAAAAUCCACCAUCAGAGUACAUUGAGCUGGGCGGUGGCGAUGCCAAACAGUAUGAACGACCCGACAUGUGGAUUCGACCGAAAGACUCUGUUGUAGUCUCUGUGAAAGCGGCUAGUGUUGGCCCUUCGGACCAAUUCGCCCGGGGUUUUACGCUGCGAUUUCCUCGAUUUCGAAGACUGCGGCUCGAUCGUAGCUGGGACACGGCGUUGUCUCUGGAAGAAUUCCAAGACCUGAAGCAGAGAGUGGAGACAGAGUUGAAGCAGAUGGAGAUGACCGUGGAGGAUCGCAGGAGGAGAAAUCCAAAACGGAUAAAGAAAGAACUUGUUAUUGCAGGCGAUGAUGCGGCAGCCCCCGAAUUCGAAGGAGAGAAGUCGAAGCUGUUUGAAAGACUUGAGUUUUGCGUGCUAUCCGAAUCAUUGAAGCCGUACAAGAAGACGAAAGCGCAGCUGGAGUCCAUCAUCAAAGAAAACGGGGGCACCAUCUCGCAAAGGGCUGCUGCGGGUACAAGGAUGGUUCUUAUAGGAGAUAAGAAAGUGGUCAAGGUAGCUAGUCUCAUUAAAGACGGGGACGUUGAUAUCAUUCGACCUAUAUGGAUCAAAGACUGUUUGGAUCAGCCUGAUGGAGGUUUUUUACUGCCCUACGAGGAGAGACAUUUAUUCCAUGCGACGGACGGCUUGGUUGAUUCUGCUUCGCUGAAUACAGAUCCACUUGGAGAUAGCUAUGCUCGAGAUACGUCUGUGGAAGAGUUACGAGAGGUGCUCCAAGACAUGCCGAAGCUCGAGAACGCAGAGUCUUUUGAUAAGACGCUGUUUUUGGAUCAACUGGAGCAGCAUGGGAAAGAUUUCACGACUUUGCGAAAUUUCAUGUUUUCACAGUGCAGAGUGCUGUUUUACCUCGCGGACGGAGCAAUGGAGAGCGUAAAGGACAAGUGGGAGCGAUUCGUCAGAUAUGGCGGCGGUUCAAUCAGCCAGGACCUGGAAGACGAGACUGUUACGCAUAUCGUUGUGCUGGGAGAUGAUCCUAUGGAAGUUGGUGAUGUGGGCGACAAGUUGCGACCCCGGCUCAGCUCGCGGCGCAAGAUGCCGCGGCUGGUGAGACUGCAGUGGGUGGAGGAGAGUUGGAAGGAGAAGACGGUGCUGGAUGAGGAGAGAUAUGUUGUGUAGAGGUGCUUAUUUUGGGGUGGGCGUUUUUUCUAUUUUUCUAUUUUACUUUUUUCUUUUUGAGGAUGGAUGUAUUUCUAGAAGCAUUAUUAACGAGUUGAUGAAUUCUUUUUGGGAAUUGCCCAGGGUUACAAUGAUAAUAUUGAGUUGGUUGCAUUCUUCAGUAGUUCUGGC